AUGACCUCUAAGCAGAUCGAAGCGGCCGCUCUUCAGGACGUUAAUUACGGGGGCCUGCCUGCGGCGAGGCGUGCCAACAUCGACUUCGAGCGGUCGGAGAGGGAGCGCAUCCACUUCGAGACGGCGACGCGCGUGAUGAACUACGAGAUCCAGGCGGAGCGGGCAGAGGUGAUGCUUUCGGAGAACAAGAAGCUCACCCCGGCGGAGGCGAGGAGGCUCCGGAGGGCGGCCCUGAAGAACAACUACUACGGCCUCAUCGAAGUCACCGAAGAGGACGAAGGCGUCAUGGCCGACUACACGUGGGACCAGGAGCCGGAGCUGGUUACCUUCUCGGCAUACGGUGUCUUGUACAACUGGCACCUGCCCAUGGGGCUUCUCAUGAGGGAGGCGCUGGGCAGGUCGCACAACUACAUCCACCGGAUGCCCCCACCGGGUGCCUUCCAGAAGCACUUCAAGGAGUCGCACGAGGACGCAGCCUACCACAUCCCUUGCUACGGGGCCCACGAGAACAUGAGCUCCUGGGACUGGUGGUUCCACGUUUUCACGGACGCCUACCUCAAGACCAUCAACGAAUUCUACAUGGACGAGGACAUCGUCCUCGACAAGAUCGACGAGCUCGUGGAUGAGCUGUACUACGAGAUCACGGUGGGACCCGAAGCGUUCGAGGUUAUGCCGCUCGUCAAGGUCGUCCUCGACCGUCUGGCCGCCUGGAGGGACAACGAAGGCGGGCCUAAGUUGGCCGUGGUGGCUGACGACGACGACCGCCUCCAUGUCGUCCUGGAAAACCUGGGGCUCCUACCGUACUUCGACUUUGUUCUCACGAGCCGUGAGACGGGGUACGAGCCUCGCGAAACCAACAUGUACGAGAUAGCGUUGGAGACGGCUGGGGUGAAGCGUGCCAAGAAGGGUCUGCACGUCGGGUGCAAGUACGAGACCGACAUUACGGGGUCCUGCGAGACGGGCAUGGAGGCGGUUAGCGUCAAGCGGUUCCAGACGCUGUACGAGCGGCCUAACGACCCGUACGAGUUCCACCCCGUGUAUGAAAACCGAGAGCUGCUGAACAGGCUUGGGCUUCCGCAGGCGGACGAGGAGUACAUGAGUCGCAGACGAGGGAACUUCUGGGAGGAGGAGGAGGACGAUGACGACGAAGACUUCCUUGACGAGUUCUACGGCGCCGACGAAGGUCUCGACGAGUACGAAUACGCCUAAUAAGAGGGGGGGGGGGCGGGGAGGGGAGAGAUGGCCGCUGCUGCUGCCAUUGUCACCCAUGUGACGCCACGUCUGUUUACUGCUGCUGCUGCUGUUGGAUGUUGUUCGCCGCGUUAGAAUUGCAUGCUGUUGUUUCGGCGUACGAAGCCUGCAUGCCUGCAAGGCUUCUUCUUCUUCUACCUCUUUUCCGGCUUCUUUUGUGUCUCUUUUAAGCUACAGUUACCGAGGGAAGCGCCGAAGGUAUGUUCUCUGUCUCCCCCGACCCCCAUUCCGAUUUUUUUUGUUAGGAUUGUUUUUGUUGUGCCGUCUAGAAGGCGCGUUUGUUUGUCUCAACUGAUGGGGGUGGUCGGGGGGGGGCGGGCGGUUAGCGGGGGGUUGGAUAAGAUUUCCUGAGAGGCCUGGAGCAGAAUGGUAGGCAAGGCCUUCGUCCACGAGAGCCCUAGCUUCCCUGGCUUCAUCGCUAAUAUUUUGUUGUGAACGAUCAUCGUACGCCAUACGCGUGGCGUUGUUUUUGGCCGGAAGAUGGGUUGGAAGCGUGGAAAAAGGGCGUGAGCUGCACACGAUUUUAUUUUGUGGUAAGGUCUCGUGCUGUCGUUGGUCGACAUUUAGUCUAGGUCUAUGGGGCAGGUUGAAGAAAUGAGUGCUGUCAUCACAUACAUCGUGUUUUGCACGGGGGGAGUUGAGCAUGGAACGGCCCGAGAUUUGGUCAGGCUUGCUGCACACACGGCGUGCGCGCGGGGGGGUGAGUGACACUCUUCUUGCCCUCCCUUGAGGUUUUCGAAAACGUUUCGUGAUUGUUGGAUGUACGUCUGGAUUUAGUUCUUCUGUCGUUAUUCUUGCUUGCUGCUGUCUGCUUUCUGCCCGCCGGUAUCCGUUGGAGACAGUGCAUCUUCCCCAUGCAUGGAUCACACCGCUCGCUCAACCAGUCUGAAUCUUCAGGAGCAUGCGGAUGGGAUUUUCGCGCGGGUUUCAUUUCCGAUGUCGCACCACACUGCUGUGGUAGGAUGAAGGUUCAACGUUAAUGUUGCCAAAAGCAGGCCGGAAUUUUCCUGGGUAUUAAGGCCGAGCCUAUCGACAGACAACGUGUGCAAUCUAAACGUGUUUGGCUCUAGGUAUGACCAUACGAUAGGUUGAAAACCAUGGGAUGGCGGGGGGGGAAUCAUCAUUUUGUCCUGCGCCGAUUAAACGAUCGGGCCUCAAAAACAAUGUGGAUGGAUCUGAACUGUAGUUUUACAU